AUGCCAGUUCGCGUCAGGUCGGUUGCCAUGCCACGAGAACGGCGGCAUUCUUCUCCGCCUCACGCUCAAGACCGUGGACUCGUCGAGCUGCCCAAUAUCGCUUACAACGACUCCUUCCGGGAUGUCAUAAAAAAGAUUUCCUCUUAUAUCACCCAGGUCAUUCACGCCCCUGCCACCUUCGAGCAGCUCCGGACCACCUCUGCUGGGGAUGGGCUUCAUAACCUUGUCGAGUAUUUGAGUGUCGAGGUAACGAAUCCCGCUAUUGUCAAUGCCUUGCUAGCACUUAAGUGGCAUUACGGCACCAUCUCUGAUGGUAGAGGGUUGAGUGAUGCCCGAGCAAAUGCUUGUGAGAUCGUUGCGUGGAGGUUUUUGACUCGCCUUUCCGAGCGCGAAAUCGUUGAUUUCUGCCUGUACGAGAUUCCGGACCCGUCCGAAAGAGAUGGUGGCUCAGUGGACGAGGAAUGUGCAGUUGGAAGCGAGUCUGACGAACAGACGGCGCUAUUGAGAGGUGCCGGUGCCUCAUCUGCAGCACAUCAUCGCCGGCCCAGUGUCAUAAAUGAAGUGAGACGUGGCUCUGUUCAAAGACGUUCUCAACUGUUCGAGUCUGUGUCGAAACUUACUAUGAGCCGCCACGCUACCGAAACGGAGGAGGACUCCGACAGUGACCCGACAGCCCCAUUCAUUCAUCUCAAUGCUUUAGAAAUUGCUGCUAUCGCAGAUGCCAAGCGUUUCCUUAGUCAACAUAUAGUACAGCAGAUUAUCACAGGUAUCUGGAACGGUGAGAUCAUCUUCUGGGAUAGACUUACAGCCAAGUCUGGGAAGAAGCCUUCCUUUUAUAAUCACAACACGGCCGACCCGUACUCACGCCUGCGUGUGCCCAAAUAUCUUAAGGCGUAUGAAGUCGCCUUCUUUUGUGCAUUCCUUCUCUUGUACUACGGCGUCCUAAUCCAGCAGAAUCGCUACGGCAUCACCCGAAUAGAAAUUUUACUCUACAUUUGGUUUGCCGCUUUCCUCUACGAUGAGGUGAGUGAGUACAUAGAUGCUGGAUCUAUAUUCUACGCAGCCGAUGUCUGGAAUGUAUUUGACAUGGCAAUGAUUGCAAUUGGCAUUGUCUACUUUGUUCUCAGAUGCGUCGGACUAUACAGGAAAGAUUACCAGCUUGUUGAUAUCGCUUUCGAUGUCCUAGCUCUAGAAGCGCUCUUUAUGGUUCCGCGAGUUUUCUCUCUCCUUAGCUUAUCACCAUAUUGGGGAACCUUGAUCCCCUGCCUCAAAGCAAUGGGCCUAGAUUUCUUGAAAUUCAUGGUAUUUGUGGCUGUAUUAUACCUCGGCUUCCUAACAACAUUCUCGCUUGUUGGAAGAGAAACUUUCACUUUCCCACACAUGGCUAUGAUUGUGACCAAGAUUUUCUUCGGUGCCAGUUUCGUUGGCUUCGACAAUAUGCACGAAAUUGAUCCGAUCUUUGGUCCUCCUCUCAUGUUUAUAUUCGUUACUCUAUCAUCCAUCCUACUCAUGGGCUCAUUGACUGGUAUGCUCAGCAAUAGCUUUAGUAGAGUGAUCACCCAUGCAAGAGAGGAGUAUCUCUAUAUCUACUCGGUUUACGUGCUUGAAGCGUCAACUAGUAACAGGCUGACACAUUUCUACCCACCAUUCAACCUUCUAGCACUGAUCAUUUUUCGCCCGCUCCGUCUCGUGGCAUCUGGCACUACUCUUCGCCAUGGCCGUAUUGUACUUCUACGAGCGACGCACGCUCCCAUUGUUGCUUUGAUCCAGGCGUAUGAGUGGAUUGCUCCCAAACUUAACCUAGCUAGUGCCAACACAUUCCGUGGGCCGCAACAAAUCUUCUCAAAGCGACAUAUUGUCCCCCCACCGAGUAGACCUCAAUCUAGUUACAGACCCUACAUACCUUCGCCACGGCCAGAGAGUGCAAGGUUCACCAAACAAAAGUGGGGGGACACUACCGAAGACGAUACCGCCAAUGCACCCACAGACGUCGAAGCGCGUAUUGCGGACUUAUCAGCUAAGAUUGAUCGGCUAACAGCGUUGGUUGCCUCGCUUCAGCCCACUACUACACCGACUCAGCAAUGGAUAUAG